AUGGCGGUGCUGCACCGGUCGCCGUCGGAGCCGGGCCUGGCGGCGCUGGAGGAGGAGCUGACCUGCUCCAUCUGCCUCUGCCUCUUCAGCAGCCCGGUGACGGUGCCCUGCGGGCACAACUUCUGCGCCGCCUGCCUGGAGCUCUCCUGGGCCGGGCUGUCGGGGAGCUUCAGCUGCCCGCAGUGCCGGGCCACCUUCGCGGGCCGCCCGCAGCUGCAGAAGAACACGGUGCUGUGCCGGGUGGUGGAGCAGCUCCAGGGCUGCGCCGGGGCCGAGGAGAAGGCGGCGGCGGCGGGGUGCGGGGCGGAGGAGAAGGCGGGGUGCGGGGCGGAGGCGCCCCCCGUCUUCUGCGACAGCUGCCUGCAGGCGCCGGCCGUGCAGACCUGCCUGACCUGCACCGCCUCCUUCUGCCCCGAGCACCUGCGGCCGCACCAGGACAGCCCCGCCUUCCGCGACCACCAGCUCUGCCCGCCCCUGCGCGACCUGCAGCAGCGCAAGUGCCCGCGGCACAACAAGCUCUUCGAGUUCUUCUGCAGCCAGCACGGCGUCUGCAUCUGCUCCCUCUGCCUCCUCGGGCACAAGCUGUGUCACACCACCCCCCUGCAGCUGGCCAGAGCCAACGCCGAGUCGGCGCUGAAGAAGAAACUGAUGGAGCUGCAUAAUCAGUGUGAGAGAGCUGCCCAGGCAAUGACCACUGUGAAAACAAACCAAAGCCAAGCUGCUGAAACAGCUGUCAGAAGGACAGAUUUGAUUAGAAGUGAGUUUUCAGAAAUUAAAGCUUUAAUUGAAGAAAGAGAAAAUCAGACCUUAAAAAUAAUUGCAGAUGAAGAAAAAAGAGUUUGCAGUAAGUUUGAUUAUAUUUACGGUGUUCUGGGAAAUAAGAAGAAUGAAAUUCAGUCUCUCAAAGAUCAGAUUGAGAUGGCGCUGACUGAAGAUGAUGACAUUCUGUUUUUGAAGAGAGCAGCAGCACUGCAACGAACUUCAGCAAAAGAUGCUUUCGUCCCUGUGAUUGAAAUGGACGAAAACUUGAUACAUUCCACUUACCAGUCUGCCAUUAACCUUAAAGACAUUGUGAAACUUUCAGUGACUCAGUGUAAGGAGAAAAAAGCAGAAGUAAAACUAACACCUGGGAAAACUAGGCCCCGUCCAGCGGCUUCUCCGAACAGAGCCUUUGUUGGGAAAAAGCCUCCAGGACCACAGCAUAUGCCCAAAGAGAAAAUCCUUCACCAGACUCAAGCCACUUUGACGGUGGAGGCAGAUACCAAGGAGAAAAAGAAACCUGCUAAAGUUGCGCCAACCACGGGACCGCUAAAUGCUGCAGCUGCCGCUUCAACUAAGGAGCUGAUAGACAGCUUUCUGAAGAAAUCCAGGGAGGAGCUUUUGCAGUAUGCUGCUAACAUCACACUGGAUUACAACACAGCUCAUAACAAAGUGAUUCUGUCUGAGAGGUAUACCAGGAUGUCUGUCUCGGACACCCCCCUGAAUUAUAACCACCACCCCCAGCGCUUCAUCGAUUGUUCCCAAGUGCUGGGGUUCCAGUGCUUCAAGAGAGGCAUCCACUACUGGGAAGUGGAAAUACAGCAGAACAACUUCUGCGGCAUUGGCAUCUGCUACGGCAGCAUGGACCGGCAGGGGCCAGAGAGUCGCCUGGGGAGGAACAGCAGUUCUUGGUGUAUUGAGUGGUUUAAUUCCAAAAUAUCAUCCUGGCAUAAUGAUGUUGAAAAGUGCUUACCCAAUGUGAAGGCUACCAAGAUUGGUGUGCUGCUCCACUGCGAGGGAGGGUUUGUGAUUUUCAUGGCUGUUGGGGAGAAGCAUAACUUGAUCUACAAAUUCAAAACCCAGUUUACUGAAGCCUUGUACCCUGCCUUCUGGUUAUUUUCCAGUGGCACUGUUCUCUCUCUCUGCCAAGCGAAACAGUAAGGUCUUGUACCUUAACUUAGUUCGCCUGAGUACUUACAUGCAGAUAAUCAGUCCUGCAGCAACUCUUUGUAUAUCUUAGUCUAAGAAGUCUCAAAGAUUGUUUGUUUGCUAUGAAGAUUAUUAGCUCUUUUAAGCAACUUGGGAGAUCUGCUGAUUCUUUGGUCUGAAUUGCUAAAGCCUUUAGAUAGUGAUUUAGUAAAACUAUGAUAGUAAGAACUACGAUGAAAGGUUUUGCAAGGACCUUGAUUGUCCUUCUAAAAGCAAAGUUAUGAUACGAACCAUUGUUAAAUGUCUUCAGUAGCCACUGUGGUUUCUCUGGUUUGCUGUAAAGGUUUCCAGAGUUAAUUGUCAGGUCUAAAUGUGUUUCACGGGUAGCAAUAACCGCUUUGAGAAAGAAAUGGGAAGAAUUCCUUGGCAAAUUCAGGUUCCAGGCUUUGAGGUAGGUCUCAGUGUUGCCUUUUUCUCUACAGGCAGACUGUUGUCCAUAGUCAGGAUUUGCAAUACACGUGUUCUCAGUGUAUGAAUCUGUGAGAUGGUACAGAAUGAACUAUUAAAAUCAGUAAGUUCAAGUCUUACGAUGCUGUUAUAAAAGCCAAUAUGACAAAUCCCAUCAGAAUGGAAAUGCAGAGCCUUUUAGAGCUGAUGGAUAGGAAAUGGUGUCAGAAUCACCAGGAAAUAAAUAACAUCGACUCAGAGACUGGGAAUACACUAGAGAGUCUUCAGGAGGACAUCCUGCAGAGCAGUAACAUGUGCCCUGUAAUAGUACAGUUGUCGGGAUGAAACGUUUUGUCUCAUGUUCUGACCCAGAAUGUGCUUCACAUCGUCACACUGAAGGCUCUUCAAUGUCUUUUUUGUGUGCUGAGGAGUUCAGGGAGUGCAUUUUUGGGAGCAUAGAUGUGCUGUUCGCUUAAAGCAGGGUCCGCUGUCAUAAAGCUCUUCUUCUUUGUGAGGCAGGAUAUUCUCUGCUGGUGUAUCUUUAGUUGUUCAGGUGGUAGAAACUGGAUUUCCUACAUGUUAUUGGGACUGAUUUGAGGACUCUCAAGACAGUGUGUACAGUACAUCAUAGAAAAUGCUGCUUCCUCUCUGCACGGAGCCUGCAGGCAGAUGGGUGAGUCUUUUGAAACAUACAGGGAAUUAGCACAAAGGAGAAUAUACUUCCAUUCCCACUGCAAUGGAUUUUUUAUUCUCCUGGUGUUCUUUGCUUUGGGUUGUGGUAUGUAUGUCUUCAGAAGUCCUUGCCCCGUACAGAGGAAUCUGUACUUCUGCAUUUCUUACUUACAACUUUAAAACAAUCAGUAGGCAACCAAGGUGUUUGGAUCUCAUAGUUCUUGGGCCUGUAUCUUGUUGAUGCCUCUGGACUUACCGUGCUAACUCUUAUUUCUUGUAGUAGCUUAUGAAGAACAGGGAAGCUCACGCGAGAGAAUUCCUGGACUUUGAUUUGUAAAACCCCCUUAUGGGACUUGGUGAAAUAACUGCCAGCAGGAGCUUUGUGGUGUUAGAAGGCUCAAAGGAACCUCUGUGACUACAUUUCACAUUAGCCAAAGUGCUUUAGGGAGAGACUUGCAGUCUCUAUUUUUACAUGGUUUGUAAACUCUUAGUACUUUGACAAGGAUAGCGUAAGUCUGAUAAGACACUUCCAUUUCUUUAGCAAGAAUAGGGUAUGGAAUCAAUGGUGGACCUAAAAGUGCCAUGGCUGUCUUUGGAGAAGUUGUAUUAUCUCAAGGGUCUCAGCUUUCCAAAGCCCAGUCAGCACUAAAACGACCAAACUAAGGAAAAUACUUCAAAAGGUAUGGAAGGAGGAUGUGUCCAGCUAGGAGCCAACAAUGAAUGCAAACCUCUUUUUUUCUGCACUUCCAGUUUUUCAGCAGUGAGGGACAAGAGCCAUUUCCUCUGAGAAAUCCUGUCCCUUUAGCUGCUUGUCCGUGCCACAGGGCUGCAGAUCCACUCAGUAGAGUGCUGACGGAGUCCUCUGUCCCCUUGUUCCUGGGGAAAAAAGUGCUCCGGCGGUUUGUGCAGUGGAGGAAGUCCAGAUUUUCUGUUGCUUGCUUCUUGACUUUAAAGGGGUGUCAAUAUUAACCUCUAAGUCUAUGGGCUUCUUUAGCCAUAGUCUGGAGUGAUACUCAAGCAAAGUAAAGAAGAGCUUUUAUUUGCCGUGUAGGACAAGGUGGCGUUCUUUAAAUGUGACAUUGGUGUAUGACCAACAACAUAUAACACAUAACGUGUUCUGGAUUACCACGCAGUGAAACAAGACUGCUGCUGUAUUCCUGAUUCUUUUUUUCGUUUGUUUUCUUUUGUGCUACGAAUGACCAGAAAUGAUAGAAUGAGGUUCUGUUAAUUUGGAAUGAAAUGAGAAAUGCGUAACUGAAUUGCUGCACCUCUGAAACCUGUUAUUUUGCAUAGCUUCAGAUAUCUUGGAUAUAUUGAAACAUUGGUGUGAUACAACAUUAGGAAAAAAUACUAAUUACAGCAUGAUAAAUAAUGGUUCAAAAGCCUCUUCAACACAACUGAAGCGUUUUUACUCAGCCAGUAAUGAUCAAAGCUGUACUAGUUUUAAACAGAAUAUAGAUACAAGCAUGUGUUUUAAUUAUACUUCUCAUUUUAAUACUAUAAAGAAUGUAACUUAUCCAGUCUAGAAAAAUAACUAAUUCUGGUGUUAAAGCUAUGAGGAUAUGGAAUGAUUUGCAUAUUAAUGUAUGAGUGAGAGUAAAUGGAGAAACACCCACUGAAAACUUUAAAUUUAAUCUCUUUUUCAGUGAAACGCAUCAGUAAAAUACUGCAGUUAGAAAAAUAAAUGCUUAUGUAAUUAUAAACCUGUUGAUUGUACUGCUCUAUUAGCCAUGUACUUCAGUAUGUAUACUAUAUGUUAUUUCAUAUAGAUGUGUCAGCUAGACAUCCUUGUCAGGGCAAUAGAUAGAUUUUAUGCCAGCUAUUUUAUGACUGUGUCUGUAACUGGUUUAGAAGUUGACUGUUGCUGAUCUUUUCAGCUGUGAAGUGAAUGGAUUGUGAUAUUUUGAAUUCAAUAAAUGUUUGUGGUAAACCCUAACUCUAAACGUUUUGUUCUGUGCUCAAAGUUGAAGC